UUAAAUAGUAACACUGUCAAAAUGUCUGACGGCCGUGGUUUACUUUUCUGACAAAAAUUUCAGAAAAUUAGAUUUUUUUCUUUGUUCUUCUCGAUCUAAUCUCGGUUCCAUUAGAUUGCAUGUAACUGCGAUCUCCUGAGUUAACGCAACAAUGGUUAAGAAAAAGAGACAGAGCGACCCCGGGGAGAACGGAGACGAGUCGACGGAGUCCUGCGACGAAAACGUCAAGUCCGCAUGUCCUCACGUCGCCAAGGCGAUCGACCUCACGCGCCUGAAGAAGACGUUGAAGACCGGGGGGUUCGAGAAGGAAUGUGCGGAGUGCAAGAAGUCCGCCAAAAACGAAGUGUCUGACCCAGAUUUCGAAGAAGACCUGAGUUUGUGGAUGUGCCUGCGAUGUGGCUCGCAGCUGUGCGGCCGCGCGCGGAACAAACACGCCCUGAAUCACUUCAACACUCCCCACUCCGACUGCCAUGCCCUCACAGCCAACACCACCUCCUGGGAAAUAUACUGCUACAACUGCAAUAACGAAGUCACAGCGUCCAGUUCUAAAAAGCUCCAUGAGUGCAUAGAAUACCUUAAAAAGCAGGCCGCAGCGAUGGCAGGCGGCAACCCGAAAUCCCUCCCCCCUAUCGAGCUGUAUUAUGAAAACAAACCUAAAGUUGACCUUGUGUUACCAGUAGAAAACUUAACAAAGACAGAUAAGGGGAAAGAUAAAGCAAUAGCAUUGAACUUGCCAAGAGUGAGAGGAUUAUCCAAUUUAGGAAACACAUGCUUUUUCAAUUCGGUUAUGCAGUGUUUAGCGCAGACCCCUUAUUUAGUGCAAGUCCUGCAAGAAAUGGCCAACCCUGGAGAGAGAUUUACGUUGCCAGGCGGGAAGUUAAAGCUGAAGGUUGACGCAGAGGAAAGCAAGGAUGUGGACCUGCCUCCCAUUACCGGACAAUUGGCUGAGUGGGGAACGCUAACCAGGACCUUGGCUGAGACAUUGAUAGAUUUACAAUCAGGCGAGAGUGGAGUAUACACGCCGCGCAAACUGCUCAUGUUCCUAGUGAACAAACUGCCUCAGUUCGGCGGCGGCGACCAACACGACGCCCACGAGCUACUACGACAUCUACUUGAGGCUGUCAGGUCGGAAGACCUCCGGCGCUACCAAUCGGUGAUCCUCAGCAGCCUGGGCAUGAGCUCGAAGGUGGACCCGGCCAAGGUGGACGGGGAAGUCAAGCAGAAGGUCAAGUUCUACGGGCAGCAGGCGUCUGACACCAUGCUUAGGCCAGAACAGGUAUUCCGAGGCUUCCUGGUUUCCACGCUGGAGUGCCAGGACUGCUUCCACCAGUCGGACCGUGCGGAGUACUUCCUGGACCUGUCGCUGCCUGUCGCCGCCAGCCGCCCGCAGCCUCCUGCUGUGGUGCGCAGGAAAACUCCCAACGAGGAUAAUGUGUCCAAUGCCCCAGAGGAGAACAAACCCUCCAAGCAUCAGAUUAAGAAAGAGCGCAACGCUGCUAGGAAGGCGGCGCGGAAGAACCAUGGUAACUCCACGUCGAAAGAUGACAAGUCCACCGCCGAGGCCAACGGCGGCUCCAAAGAAGACGGUAAGUCGUCCUCAGAGUCCGACGCCGACGUCGAAGACAAUAUCGAGGAAGCUCCUCGCACCACCGUCGCCCAGCAGCACACCGCAGCAAACUUCGCCGCCUACCUUGAAUCAGGAUACAGCUCCGACAAGCUCAUCAGCUCUGACUCCAUACGCACCAGCCCCGUCGACCUCCACAAGGAAAAGACCGACAACACCCCGGAAAACACCGACAAAGACAAAGUCGAGUUCGCCGAUUCCGCAACCUCGACCACCGCUAUACCUCUAGAAUACAAACCCCUGAUUUCCCUCGAGAAUCUCUCCAAUCCGGACUCAGGAGUCGCCAGCCCCGAAGCCACGAAACACAAUUCUACGGAAACCGUCGAUAAUGUUGACUCCCCGAUCAUUGAUAAGGAACUCGGUAGCCACAGCUCACUUUCAAGCGAGAUCAACCUGGAUUUGUCGAGUCCGCAGCACAGCAAGAUGUCCCCGGAAAAGUCCGAUCUCGACGAUAAGAGGCCGCCGUCCAGAAGGGACUUCGCCCCCGAGUACUCCAAUGAAGUCAUCUCGCGCGGCAUAAGCGCGCAGGGCUGCAAGAAUAUCCUUGAAAACGGAACAGAAAGCAGCACUGAACAACCGGAGAAGAAAGAUCUCCUCGACUACUACUGCCAGGAGCUCAAACUCGCGAUGGACGACGUCAAAGUCAAGAAACCCACCCUCCCCUCGCCUGUAGCGGUGGAAUCCCCGCCCGAGCCGCCUCCGAUUCCUCGACCGAAAGUCAACAACGUCGAACCGGAAAAGUCGAAUCUUCAGAGAGAUUUCUUGCCCUAUUCGAGACAGAGUCCAUCCUCGCCGAGAUACGUCUGCGACGAAGACGAGUGCAGCAUCCAAUCCUGCCUCAGCCAGUUCACGGCUCUAGAACUUCUCACGGGCAACAACAAAGUGGGCUGCGAAACGUGCACGGAACGCAUCAACGGCAAGGGAGGCAAAACUGUGUACACCAACGCGACCAAACGCUUCCUGGUUUCGAGUCCGCCCGCGAUCCUGAUUCUGCAUCUGAAGCGAUUCCAGAUCGGCCCCCGAUGCAUGUUCAGAAAGAUGUCUAAGCACGUGGAUUUCCCGACUAUCUUAGACUUGGCUCCGUUCUGCGCUAUGGAUAAGCUGAAGAAGCUUCCUAAUGUGGCGCGAGGACAAUCCGAGUUGCUCUACUCUCUAUACGGAGUGGUGGAGCAUUCCGGCGGUAUGCAUGGGGGACACUACGUGGCGUAUGUCAAAGUGCGACAGCCGGUCAAAGCUGGGGACCCGAGGUGGUGGUUCCUGCCCAAGAGCGCUAAUACAAUGCCGGCGCCGCCGGGUAGCGGAUACGGCGACGCCGACUCCGAGUCAGAUCUCUCCGGCUACGAAUCCGGCGAGGGUCCCACAUCGAGCGCGGAGGCCCCGCCGGGCAAAUGGUACUACGUGUCCGACAGUAUGGUGUCCGAGGUCACGGAGGAAAAGGUCCUGAGGGCGCAGGCCUACCUCCUGUUCUACGAGAGGAUCUUAUAAGCUCCCGAACCCUUUUUUACCUGGAGAUGGCCUAAGUUUUGUUUCGGAGUGGCAUUUAAGUGGAAGACUGAUGCGUAGACAGAUAGAACCCUGCAUGACGUCAUACGUUACUGAGUGCUGUAUAUUAGUAAUAGCUAACACUUGCUUCUUCUUUAGUUAAAUGUUUUCUGUGACCGUACGUGAUUUCUGUACGCAGAGUUGAGGAGUGUCCUACAGAAUGUUACUCUCCUGUAGAAAAUUAACGCGUACAGAUGACAGUAUAGCCCAAACUAACUAAUAAAUGUAUUAUUCGAUGAUUGACGCAAUGUUUUAAGGAUCUUAUUUAUUCUGCUAUGUAUUUCUUCUUACGGACACGUUGAAUAAAGCUCAGUGGCAACGAAUAACCUUGUUUUUGCCAAAAAAAUUACAGAGAUAGAACAAUAGAUGAAAUAAUUAUGAGAGAAACGAUUUUUUUAAAUACUUUUGAAGGUUCUUUUUGAAUAAAAAAGAGGCUUGAGAAAAGGAAUUGAAUCAGUGCAUUUACGAUGUUAUUCGUCGAACUGACACUCGUUUAUAUUACGCAGUAGGAGUUCGCAACGGUUUAGCGUUUAGAUUUUUGCAAACAAAUAUUUUGGAACUAAGAGUUGCUUCAUCUCGUAAGAUUAAAUGUAACGCGGUGCGAGUGGAUGAGUUAAUUUUUAAUGUCGUAUUUAUUGUUUUGUUUGUAUUGGAAUUUAUUUUGUUAGGGUUGUCAACUAUUUGAAUCCUUAGAUUUUACCCAUGAAAUUAAAUUUUCUAGGGCAUUUGCUAAAACCUAAAAAAGAGUGGUACAAGUGAUCUACCUAGCCAAUAGUAACAUUUUGGCAAUCGAUAGAUAACAACCCUGACAUCAUGGGUUUGGUCUUCCAUUGAGGUGUCAACUUGUCGCUGCUAGAUAAGCAACCCGUGAGUUACGUAAACAAACUGUCACAAAACUACCGCAUGUAUGUAUUUACAGUGAACUGAUGAUGUAGAUUUAAUGAACGAAAUGCUGGCUGGAUUAAAAUUUUAUACGACGUAAUUUUUUUAAUAGAUUCAAUAGCACUAUCUCCUCAACACGACAAAUAAAAAGAGAAAAUUAAUUAGAUAGUGGCGAUUAUAAUUGCUUUUAAAAAUCAUCUCCACCUACUUCGCAUUUUAUUAAUUGAAUGUAUACAAUUUAGAGUACCGAUCUCAGCAAACCUCUAAGUCUAACAAUAUUAUUUACAUGCAGUAUUUUUGCGGCAAUUAUAACACUGAAUGCCUGUUAAAGCUUCUGUAGUGAAAAAUAACGUUUAGCUAAGUUAUUUAUUGUCUUGUGGUGUCUAUCAUUAGGUCGAUUUGACAACGCAUCUUUUGUACUCUGAUGGUAAUUGUAAUACAGUAUGUCCGAAAGGAAAUGUCCAAAAUGAAGCAAUAUUAUCAAUAGACACAAGUGCCUGCAUAUCUGCCACCGGACUACCAGUUUAUGGAGUUAAGCUUUAACCACACCAACGCGUGCGAUCAUAGGCCAAUGACAGGUCGCGCGACCCAUGACACUCACGCGACCUGUCAUAAACUGUCAUUGGCCUAUGAUCGCGCCGGCGCGUGGCGAUCUGCUCACGUUGGUGUGGUUGAAGCAUUAGUCAGUAUUCUUUGUCAUACACGCUAGUUUGCAGCCUUAAGCAAAAGUAACGAAUAGACUCGCUAGUUUUAAAUCAAUAUGUAAACAGCAGUCUUUUUUGUUACGUCACCCAUUAUAUUCGUCGAUCAGCCAUCCUUGAUAUUUUCGAUCACCCUUGUGAAGUCAGAAACAUCUGAUAAUCGUCAUUUUCAAUGUCUGAUUCAACCAGAUACGAGAGUUAGGAGGAGAGUGGCCUCCCCACUCCCCUUCAAUUAGGUUGAAAAUAUGUCCAUGUAAAGAUAUAGAAACACAUAACUUUCUUAUAAAGUAUGUACAGAUUGGACGUCAGCAACGAAAGUAAUUUGACAAAAUAUGUUUUGUUGACGACGUAUGUGUUGUUUGUCGACGUCCAUUGGAUGCGCGGACGCAACAUUUUAACCGUAUUUAUUGUACAUUGCGAUUAUGUGUAUCUUUUAUAAUGUUAUAUUCACGCAUACAAGUCAUACACAUUACUCGUAUUAAGUUGUACAUACAUACUAUUAUUUAUUUUUUAAACCACGAAGUCCCGAAUUAUUUUUUUCCUAUUCACGUAAAGGAGAACCGGACUUGUUUUUUAUUAGUUUCGAAUUUCGGAACAAUGUAGAUUUUAAUGUUUUCGACAUAUGUUUCUAGAGACCUAGUUAUUUCAAUUGAACUAAGUUUAAUUAUGUAUCAGUUAUACAUUGGAGUGCUCAAUUUAGUUAUGCUUUGUACGCGUGUAACUAAUGUGUUGUUCUGGUGGCGACCGCAGACUGAUAUUGUACCGUUCAUCUUCAUAAAACAGCAUAGAUCUAUUUGUCUCUAUCACUCGCUCUAGAAAACAGGCAUGAGCGAGUGAGUCGGCUAGUUAAUAUUGUCUCACACUGCGGUCGCUCGGAACCACGCCUUAUUGUUGUGUUGGUGUUACUAACACUGGAUACAUAUUUAAUUUUUCUCCUAUAUUCAAUGCUUUUCUUUUGUAUUUAAAUAUGGCUGGUCCAGUGUUAGGUCUGGUUCUACGUGGGGAGUUUCGCGUUGUUUUUGAAAUCUAUUUUAUAAUCUUGUAUCGUUAUCGGUAAUUCUUACUGUUUUUCGUCCCUUUCUGUCUAGUAGGGUAGGUAGACACUACAAUGUCAACUAAAGUAUGUCGCUUCGUGUUUCGUACAACGUGAGGCUCCCCGCGUAGGUCGUAGGGCAAUAUUAUGUUAUUAAGAAGUAAUAUUGUUUUUAAUGUUUGCAUUUGUCAGAACUAGGACCGUCUUUACCGUUAGUUAGCCUGUGUUAAUUAUAUUUUAUUAUUAUUAUGAGAUAAAUUUUGUACAUUGAACUCCACACUAUUAUUGCGUUAUGAACAGGUGUAUUUAAAAUAAACAUAGUUGUAAAC